GAAAAAAUAAAAAUGUUUAGGGUCCAAUAAAAUCACAAAAACACCGGCAUAAUCAGGAACCAGAAAACCCAUUAAGAAUUGAGUUAAUGGAAGGAUCUUUGAAUUAUUGUUCUACAUGAUUUCGACAAUGAAGUGGUAGUUUUGAAGCUACCUCUUGUUCUCUCUUUCGAACACGAGAAGAAGAAAUUGAAGAUUAAACUCGACCCUGACAAGAUAAAUUUCUCUUUUGCACAUGAAGUGGGGAACAAAAAGAAAUCCCAAAUUUACCUAGUGGGAGUGGGGAAUAAAGUUUAAACAGGGAAAAUAUAGGUUGAAAUUGAAAAGAAGCUAGUAUAUUUAUCAAGUGAUGAGGUAUGGAUGCCGAGAAGAGAAAUAUCGAGGAAGAAAGGAUGGUGGCCAAUUUUUUGAUGAAGGAGGUGAGAGAUUGGGACAAUGAAGAGAAGAUGAAAUCCAGGUUCAAGGCACUGAGUGGACAGAGGUGCGAUUGGGAGCCCCUUUACUUUUUCUGGAGGGACCUGAUCAUCAAAGUAGCUAGGCACCUUCACAUAUUCAUCCUUCAUCCUAGCCACGUCAAAAAUUUAUGGUUCCGUCGAGGUGGCUUAUCCCCUUUGUGCCUUGAUCGUGUACUUGUGGAAAUGCAUAAUGCUGGGGAUUUAUUGCCAGUUACACAUCUCUUGGAUCCAACAACUGAAGGUUGGCGGCUACCUCAGAUUUUUCGCAAAGCAGCACAUCUAAUGAGCUUAUCUUGGGCAUCAACUACGCUUGAGAGUCUGACGGAAGACUGCUACAUACUGGCCCCGAUGUUAAAGGAAAAAUCUCUCGAAGUUGUCAAGUAUUUUUCUCAAAAUCAUUGGACGCCUUCAUGCGUUAUCACAAUGAGAAAGUUCCAGGAAAUUUGUGGAGGGUCAAAGGAAGCAUCCGUAAUUUUGAGUCACUUGUCUGAAUGUCAGAAAGCAAAGUACCUUGUGAUCAACAAAAACGAUCGUGUAGAGGGAGUAAAAGUUUGUCUUAAUCCAGGAGCAGUUUCUAGCAUCACAAGUGUAGAUUACAAUGUUUUACACUUAAUCUGGACAGCGGAAAAACUUGAGCAACAGCUUGAUUUGAUUGACCAGCGUUAUGAAAAAACUAGGAAGUCAGCUCUAGCUUCUUUGAAAUGUGGCAACAAAAGUGCAGCCCUGAGAUGUGCAAAAGAACUAAAGCUGACAUCUCAGAGCCGAGAUAAAUGCACAAACCUGUUGGACCGAGUUGAAGAAGUUCUUAGAGUUAUCUCUGACGCUGAGUCCUCUAAUAAGGUUUCUGAGGCUAUCCAAAUAAGUACACAAGCAUUGAAGGAUAAUCAGACAACUGUUGAAGAAGUUACUCUGUGUCUUCAGCAUCUUGAUGAGAGCAUUGAUUCUUUGAAGCAAGUGGACAAAGUUUUAGGAUCAGAUUUAGCAUUAACUGAAAUUGAAGAGGAAGAUCUUGAAGAUGAGUUCACUAAACUCGAGCUGGAAAUCGAGUCUCAACCAAGUCAAGGUCCCACAAAAGUUGGAAUGGGCAAUAGUACGGGAAUAGCCGAGGUUUCAGCUGCUACUAAUGCAUUAAGCGAUGCUCUGUCCAAUCUCAGUCUUAAAGAUGGUGCAGCGUUGGAUUCAGUGACAGAAUUUUCUGUGAAGACGACGAGCAAAAAUCAGGUGUCAAAAGAUGCUAAUUUGGAACCUGCUUGACUAACGUAUGUAGCAGUUCAUGUAUUGAAUGUGAUGAGCUUCAAUAACUUUGGCCACUUGUGGCUCAUAAAUUGGAGUUGUGUGUAGUUUUAUUUAUUUGUGUCUUCAUUCUCUUCAUAUUGUUUGGUCUCUUGCAAGGCUUCACAAAUUACAACUGGGGCUGGAGUUUGAUCUUUUUUUCA